CGGACACACAUACACUUUCUCUCUCUAUAAAACCAGGCCAGUGAGUCUUUUCAAAUAUAAUAUAAUAAGACCAGCAGUUUUCUUUUUCUUUGCUUCGGACUCUGCCGGAAAAUAGAGUUGGGUGAUUUUCUCGGGAGCCAAACGGGGGGAGAACUUCAAAUGUGAUGGGAAGCGGGGUGUCGAGCCUGUUGUCGUGCUUCAGGCCGAGCAACCAGGCGGAGCGGAACCAGGCGGAUGUGGUCUUCGCGGCCUCGGAGCCGUUGGACGAAACCCUAGGCCACUCCUUCUGCUACGUUCGAUCCUCUGCCAGGUUUCUCUCUCCGACUCACUCCGAUCGCUUUGUCUCGCCCUCCAGCUCGCUCCGCUUCUCUCCCUCGCACGACCCGCCCGGGUCCAGGGCCCGACCCGGAUUGGUGGAGGCCACCGGCUUCAAGGCCAUUUCUGGAGCCUCUGUCAGCGCGAAUAGCUCCACUCCCAGAACUGUCCUCCAGUUGGACAACAUUUACGACGAUGCCACUGAGGCUGUGAGCGCUGGCCCUGCUGGCGGAGGAGUGAGGGGGAGUAUUGUGAAUGGCUUCGAGAGCACGUCGUCGUUUUGCGCGCUGCCUCUGCAGCCGGUGCCACGUGGCGGUUGUGACCCGUCGGGACCGAUGGAGCGGGGCGGGUUCUUCCUCUCUGGUCCAAUCGAGCGCGGGGCGCUCUCGGGCCCACUCGACGCCGGGGCGGCAGAUCCCGGCGGCGGGCCGGUGCCGUUCUCUGCGCCGCUUGGUGGCCCGUACGUGAAGAGGAGGAAGAAGAGGGGCAUUUCGGGGAUUCGGAAAGCGUUCUACCGGAACUUUUCGGAGAAGAAGCGGCCCUGGGUGGUGCCGGUGCUCAAUUUCGUGGGGCGCAAGGAAGGAGGCCCGCCGGUGGCCGGGGAGGACUGCUCGGAGGAGCCCAGAAACGAGAGCGAGCACGUUCAGUGGGCGCUCGGGAAGGCCGGCGAGGAUCGUGUGCACGUAGUCGUUUCGGAGGAGCAGGGGUGGCUCUUCGUCGGGAUUUAUGACGGGUUCAAUGGCCCUGAUGCGCCGGAGUUCUUGAUGGGUAAUCUCUAUCGCGCCGUGUACAAUGAGCUCCAGGGCUUGUUUUGGGAAAUUGAGGAACAAUCAGAGGAAGCUAGUAAUAUAAAUAGUAAUAGUAAUAAUAACAACAAUAGUGGUAGCGGUAAUGUUAACGAUAUUAGUAGUAACGAGAACGCAUUAAACGUAGCUUUAGAAAGUGACCCAUCUGUGGAAAACUCUGGUGGAAAUGGGAAUGAUUUGAAUUUGGAAUCGGACCCAGUUCCUGGCGAUAGAGGAUCGGCGAAGAGAGUGACUUUUCAAUCGGAGGGGGAGGGGGGGACGGAGGUCAGGAGGCGGAGGCUUUGGGAAUUUCUAGCGGAGGAUGACCCAGAAGACGGGUUGGAUCUUUCUGGGUCGGAUAGGUUUGCGUUUUCCGUGGAUGAUGCGCUUAGCGUGAGCAAUGCGGGCUCGGCGGUGAGUAGACGGUGGCUGUUAUUGUCGAAAUUGAAGCAGGGGUUGUCAAAGCACAAGGAGGGUCAUGGUCGGAAGUUGUUCCCGUGGAGGUUUUGGUUGGAGGAGAAAGAGAAGGUUGAGGUUGAGAAUAGAGUGGAGGAGAGGUCAUUGAGGAGUGGGAGGAAGCGGAAGGAGGGGCCAGUGGGUCAUGAAAUGGUUUUGGGGGCAUUGUCUCGGGCUCUUGAAUUGACGGAGCUCUCAUAUUUGGAUCUGACAGAUAAGGUUCUUGAUGCGAAUCCGGAGCUUGCGUUGAUGGGUUCAUGUUUGUUGGUUGUGUUGAUGAGGGACGAGGAUGUGUAUGUGAUGAAUGUGGGUGAUAGCAGGGCUAUUGUUGCGCAGUAUGAACAGCAAGAGGCUGGUUCAAGCAUAACGAAGUUGAAAGACCAGGGGGACAAUGGGUCAAGCAAGGAGGGUAUAAUUGAGGAGUCCUCAGCUGUUGGUGAAAAGGCAAUUAAGGUGCCGUGCGGGGCUCCUGCUCAAGAAAUGAGAUUGGCGGCUUUGCAGCUGUCUACUGAUCACAGCACGAGCAUCGAAGAUGAAAUCCUAAGAAUCAAGAAUGAGCACCCAGAUGACAAACAAUGCAUUGUCAAUGAUAGAGUAAAAGGUCGUCUUAAGGUUACCAGAGCAUUUGGAGCGGGAUUUCUGAAACAGCCUAAAUUGAAUGAUGCACUGUUGGAAAUGUUUCGGAACGAGUACAUUGGUACUGCACCUUACAUAUCCUGCUUGCCUUCUCUUCGUCACCAUAGACUUUGUCCUGGGGAUCAGUUCUUAGUGCUCUCAUCUGAUGGUCUGUAUCAGUAUCUUAGUAAUCAGGAAGUGGUUUUGCAUGUGGAGAGUUUCAUGGAGAAGUUCCCCGAUGGAGAUCCUGCACAACAUUUGAUAGAGGAGCUUCUUAACCGUGCAGCCAAAAAAGCUGGAAUGGAUUUCCAUGAAUUAUUGGACAUCCCGCAAGGAGACCGCAGAAAGUACCAUGAUGAUGUUACUGUUAUGGUUAUUUCACUUGAAGGAAGAAUAUGGAAGUCAUCAGGAAAGUACCUCUGAAACCUUCAUACACAAGAGAUCUACUCUAUACAAGAAAUAGCAGUCUCAAUUUUCAACUCGAGCUACCUGCAAGCGGUCUCAGAAGAUUCACAAAUGGCCCAUUUUUAUUGGGUCUCAUUAGUUUUUUUUAAUCGUUGCACAGUAUAAGAAUACAGCUAAUAGUGGGAAUCCUGGAUGAUAAUGGCAAAGGGCUAUUCUUAGAUAUUCAUCAAGGUCUUAAGUAGGUACCAAGAAAAUUUGGUUUAAGGAGGAAAACGGGGAAUCUGUAGAUGGGAUUGUAGGGAAAUGCUCUGUAGGGAAAAAAAAUAGAGAUUCUUUUUGUUUUCUUUUCUUGUUUUUUUUUUUUUUUUUGGUCUUUUUACCUUUUAGAGAAAUUUUGCAUAGGUGGAGGUUUUCCCCAUUAAUUUGUGCUUUUCUUUUUUCUUCCUUGCCAUAGCCAAGAAAAUGUGGUUGUAAAUCGGUGGGUUACAAAUUUAGUUACUGAACUUGAGCACUCCCUUGUCAAAAAUGAGCAGCUAUAGUUUUGAGGUGGAUUUUCAGCAAUGCAGGUUACUGAGUUGGGAAUUUGUUGAAA